AUGCCCGUUGAGGAUGCAGAGGACUUUGAGAUGGAAGUUGCUCUGAAAAAUCAUGGUGCCAAAGAAGCGGAGAAGGAUGGAGACUGCGGCAAUGGACCAGCUCCGGGCUCGGCAGCGGUACCAGAAGGCGAGCUGCUCCUCCAGGCGCUCAAUGGCUUCGUGCUGGUGGUGACAUCAGAAGGACUGAUCUUUUACUCCUCACAUACGAUUCAGGACUAUCUGGGAUUUCAUCAGACAGAUGUCAUGCACCAGAGUGUCUUUGAGCUGAUCCACACCGAGGACCAACAGGAAUUCAGACGCAACCUCCACUGGGCCCUCAACCCACCCCACGUUCCUGAGGGUGAGCCUUCUCCAGAAGUGGGGAAGAGUCUUGACUCUUCUCUUGUUGCGUACAAGCCGGAUCAGCUGCCCCCAGAAAACUCCUCCUUUCUGGAAAGGAGCUUCGUGUGCCGCUUUCGCUGCCUCCUGGAUAAUUCCUCUGGCUUCCUGGCUUUAAACCUUCAAGGCAGGCUGAAAUUCCUUCAUGGGCAGAACAAAAAGUCUGAAGACGGGUCUGCACUGCCACCCCAGCUCGCUUUGUUUGCUAUCUCCACCCCCUUGCAGCCCCCAUCCAUCCUCCAGAUCCGAACCAAGAACAUGAUCUUCAGGACAAAGCACAAGCUGGACUUCACCCCCUUGGCGUGCGAUGCCAAGGGGAAGAUCGUUUUGGGCUACACUGAGGCGGAGCUGCGGAUGUGCGGCACCGGCUACCAGUUCGUCCAUGCUGCUGACAUGCUGUACUGUGCUGAGAACCACGUCAGGAUGAUGAAGACAGGGGAGAGUGGCCUGACAGUCUUCCGCCUGCUGACAAAGGAGAAUCGCUGGAAGUGGGUGCAGGCCAAUGCGCGACUCGUCUACAAGAAUGGCAAGCCCGAGUACAUCAUUGUCACGCAGAGACCCCUCGUAGAUGAAGAAGGAGGAGAGCACCUUCAGAAACGGUCCGUGCAUCUUCCCUUUACCUUUGCUACAGGAGAGGCGCUUUUAUACCAAAGCGCUUACCCUCUCCCAGUCUUCCCUGACCCUUUCCAGAGCAAAGGGAAAACCAGCAAGUCUAAGAAGACCUCCCACAGCUAUGGAGGGCACUCUCAGCAGAAUGGCAUUGACCCCAGUUCUCUGCUGGGUGCCGUGAUGAGACAGGACAAGGCGGUGUACGCCUCCCAUCUGGCUCCCGCCCCUAACCACUCCUUCAGCAGCAGUUUCGUGGACCAUCUCAAGGACGUGUCCUUGCUGGAUGCAGGAAGAGGUGCCUGGAAUAUGGGCGCUACUCCAGUUUCUUCAAGGGAGGACAGCGUCAAAGAGGAGCUGGUGGAUUUGCAGCAGGAGGACCCUCUCUUGGCCACCCUGGACUCGCUCUCGAUUAAGAGUGACGAGAGCUGUUCCAACAAUGAGCUCUUCAGUGCGCUGGAGGGCCUGGGGUUGAAUGCUGAGGACCUGGAGCUCCUGCUGCUGGAUGAGAAAAUGGUGAUGGUCAAUAUGGACACUGAUCGCACCCCAUCCCUGAACGGCUUUCUCACCAGCAAUGAGAUUCUCUCCUAUAUCCACACCACUCUGGUGAGCAAACACGAGGGAGGACAACAGGUCUGUCCCCUGCCAGGCACAUCCCUGACCCCACGUGGAGGCACCACUACAUACCAGGCCCACGUGGAGAAUGAGGACUCGCAGUACCUGCCCCAGCAUGCGGUGCAACCCGGCAUUGCCCCAAGCCAGCCCACUGCUCCAUUGUGGGAACAGCACCGGUACAGCAUGGCACAGCCCCUGCUGCUGCCAGAGCCAGCCAAGGAGGAAGAAGAGCCAUCUGAUGGCUCACAGUGGAGGCCAGAUGGAGAGGAAGUUCUGCUCCCCUUCUUCCAGCUGGCACGGGGCACCCAGGCACCCAACUCGCCCUCAGGAGCUCCCUGCCCACAGGAGCUACCCAGGGCUCAGCAGCCGGAGGGUGACUUCAUGGCCUUGCAUCCUACCCAAGAGGAUGCUCGCACGUCCUUCUCCCUGCCCAACCAGUGCCAGGGCCGUCUUAUUCCCGAGAAACAGCUGAGCUCUGUUCCCUCUGUGCCCCAGCACCCUUUUCCGAGCUCAGCUGCAGGGUGCUUUGGGAGCACCAGCAGCCGGCUGGAGACUCCUGUGAGCUCCUAUGGGACGUACACCUCUGCGCUGAGCCAGGAGAGCAGGCACAGG